CUCUUUUUUUAACCUGCAAACUCAUCCAUUGACUUCCAUUCUCAUCUCACCUCUCAAAUCACACACACACACACACACACAUUUCUAGGUAGAUCCCCUUCUUCUCUUUCCCACAAAAUCUCAUCAAUCAUUUCCUCAUCAUCAUCAAUCAAUCACAAAUAAAUCAUCCUUAAACUCAUUAAAAAAAAAAACACAACAUGAGAUUGCCUAUGGUCGAUUGCCGUAGCUUGAUAGAAUUUUGUCGUGCAUUCGAACACCACAAAAAUAACAUGACCCCAAUUAGCACCCCAACAACAAAUAAUAACAACAACAAAAAAUCUAACAAUAAUAAUAAUAGUGUGAAUCCAUUAUCACAUCCAUUUUGUGACAAAUCUCCAUUUGCUGCAUUAGAUAUACUUAUAUUAAUUCUUGUGAUAAGUGCACUAGGAUAUUUAAUCAUACCAUAUCUACAUAUCAUAUAUAUUGAAUCCCUAUAUAUAUUGCCUUAUGUAUUAGAUGUGUUACAAGAAGUGAUGUACGAAGCUCCCGUGGCUUACGUGAUCGGCGUGGUGGCGGCUUUUAGCGGCGUGAUCGCGACGAUAGCGGCGUGGGAAAUACUCGAGGUGAAAUCGAGAAAAUGUGGCAAGUGGAAGUGUAAAGGGUUGCGAAAAGCGGUUGAGUUUGAUAUUCAGUUGGAGAGUGAAGAGUGUGUUAAGUAUUUGGUGUCUAGAAAUAAUAAUAAUAAUUAUGGAGAAAUAAAUAAUAAUUGUUAUAAUGAUGUGAAGCCAUUGGAGUUAUUGGGACAAGAUCAUAAAGAACUUGAAAUCGAAUUGAAGAAGAUGGCCCCGGUUAAUGGGCGGACGGUUUUGAUAUUUCGAGCUCCGUGUGGGUGUCCUGCUGGUAGAUUGGAGGACUAUUUGGGGUAAGAAACCCCACUGCUAUGGGGACAUUAUGCCAUAUUUAGAGAAAAAUGUCAUCUUCAGAGUUGUUGGUAGUUGUCAAUCCUAUAGGGCGAUAGGUUUAAUUAACAAAUAGCAAUCCUGGAGCAUUACUGGUGAAAUUGUUUCUGCUAGCAGAUACCUAUUCCUGCCAUAACAUUAGUCCACAAAGUUACCAUUUUUACCUCCUCUUUCGCGCCUAAGUUUUCUGAAUUCUUAAUUCGAGUAUUGAUCACUUGAUUUCUUGUUCAAGGUACCACAACUCUGUUUCAACUUUGUGU